AUGCCCCACGCGCCCCACCGACCAGACCGAGGCCGCCGCAUCAACAACCAGAUCGACGAGGAGCUCAGGCGCGAAAACGAGAUCUUGAAGCGGAAGAGACCAAGGGAGGUCAAAGACCUCGACCGCGAGCGGCCCUCCUGGCGGCCGAUCGUCUACUUCAACAUCCUCAAGGCCAUCCGGAUGAUCCUCUCCGAGGUCGACUAUGAGUACUUCUCCAACUCACCCACCUCCCCCCUCUUGCCCUCGCCCUCGACCACGUCGCUCACCUCCGUCGCGCGGUCCAAGGUCUCCGUCGGCUAUGGCACCGGCAGCUCCGCGGUCGACCCCGCGUGGCUCAUGGAGCUCAGCCAGCUCCGGAAUAAGCUCCUCCCGCUCCGGAGGGUAACUGUCAGCGGCGGCAAGUCGGGCGUGUUCGUCAGGGCGGGCUGGCAAGCACUCAAUACCGCGACGCGCUCUGGACCGAGGGCACCGGUCAUGACGGACAUCGUCGCGAAGACAUUAGAUGCGAACCAGAAUGAGAUUGAGGACCUCUGGCAUCAUCCGGGCCUGAGGUUGGAGGAGUACGCUGCAUUCUUCCUCGACAACAUUCAUCGCAUUGCGCGGCCAGACUACCUGCCGUCAACAGAGGACAUCCUCCACGUCCGGCUCCAAACGCUCGGCGUGAAGGAGCACGCGUUCGACAUCAGCAUGGGGGGCAUCAACUACAACUGGCUCCUCUACGACGUCGGCGGUGCGCGCCAAGCCUGGAUACCCUACUUCGAGGAUGCGGCAGCCAUUAUCUUCCUUGCGCCGAUCAGUGCUUACGACCAGUACCUGGAGGAAGACCCGCGGACGAACCGGAUAGACGACUCGCUCCAGCUCUUCACGUCAAUAUGCACGAACAAGCUCCUGCACAAAGCCGCCCUGGUGCUUAUGCUCAACAAGACCGAUUUGUUGAGGCAGAAGCUCGAGGCCGGCAUCAAGGUCCGGAAAUACAUCUCGUCGUAUGGCGACCGGCCAAACACGUAUGAAGAGGUGUCGGAGUACUUCCGCGCGCAUUUCAUACAGGUACACAGGCGGAAGGACGUCAACCGGCGACCAUUGUUUGCGCACUUCACAUCUAUGUUGGACAUCAAGGCGACGCAGAGCAUCAUCGUCAACGUCAACGAAGCGAUCAUGCGACGACACAUGGCGACCGUCGGCCUUGCAUGAUACCCGCUCCCCUGCGCCCUUCACCGUUCGCGCUCCGCUAUACGUUGUUUGUUAUUUCACUGUAUCAACCUCCCGAUUAUUGUAGUGGGCUGCUGACCUGUUUCUUGGCGCGGGUGGAGCGGACGGGCUACUGUAGGAUAGUAUAUAUUGAGGGGGCGACGCCUUUCGGGUAUUAUGGUGGUGGUAAUGCUAAUAGUUUGACGGUUACGAGGCACUUUUAUCGAGGGUGUGUGUUUGGGUUGAUGAAGUCCACAGGAACGACCGACCGGCUUAUACAACUGAGCGUGUUCGGCAGGGGGAAUCGAGGUUCCCGCUCUCUACUGCCGGCGUGUUGCACGACCCAGUCGCCCCUUCAUUCCGACUCUCUGACAAUGACAAGAUGGCACAGACGUUGAUGGGAGACGUCGACAGCUUGACGCUUUUGUUCACGA